AUGCACCAUGGAAAUGCGAUAACCAUCAAUACAAUCUCUUGUCUUGAUCUAUUUAGAAUUUACAAGCAUCUACAAUAUUUCUGUAUCUUUUUCUUUGCUUUUUCAGAUAGAUGGCCGGGACUCUUCUUCAAACGUCACGGUAGCAGCUCUCUUAAAGUCGGCAUUCCCUCUCUCUCUCUCUCUCUCUCUCUCUCUCCAUAUAUAUAUAUAUAUAUAUAUAUAACUUUCUCUCAUAAUCAUUUUUCUCUCUUCUCUUCCCCCUUUCUCCUUUCUACACUUCAAACUCCUAUUAUCACUUUCUCUCUCACACCUGUUCUUCUUUUUCUCCUUAACUAUCAAUGUCUCUCCUAUCUUCUUUUCUCUCUUUUCUUCAUUCCCUCUCUUUUCAUUCUCUAUCUCUCUCUCUAUUUCUCUCCCCUCUCCCCUCACUUCUUUUUCCUCCAUUCUCUCACUAUCACUUUUCUGUCUCGACUGUCUACCUUCUCUCUCUCUCUCUCUCUCUCUCUCUCUCUCUCUCUCUCUCUCUCUCUCUCUCUCUCUCUCCUGUCCUCCCAUUCUCCUGGUCUCCUCCUUUCACUUUCUCUCCUUCAUUCUCUCACUAUCACCAAUAGAUAG